CCUUAUUCUUUCAUUUACAAACUUUCAGCGGCUGCGGUAGAAUAACUAUGGUGUGAAAUGGAAAUUCGCCAACAACUGUUUUUCAUGAGUGUUGGUAGCCUUUUUUAUUAGUAACCUUCGUUAAUUUUGAGUAUUGAUUAUCCUUACUCCAUUUGAAAUUAGCAAAUCGCUGAGUCAGUAUAGUUGCACAUCAUAAAAUGGAAGAAUUAUUGAAGCACUUACCAAAAAUUAAAAUACCUGGGCCUAAUAAUAAAAUUUACAAAGAUGAAUGUGUUUUUUCUUUUGAUACUUUGCUUUCCCCAUCAGGUUUGUACGUAAGUUUAACAAGUUUCUUAGGAUUUGGAGUUGAUCAUGUACUUAAAUACUUUGAGUGUACUGGAAAUGCAGUAUUUUUACAUAUUAAGGCUAUAAAACAUGAAGUAAAAGUAGAUAAAUCGGAAGAUGGUCCUGAUAAGAAAAUUACACGUUUAGCUAUUGGAACACCAGGUGGUUUUAACCCAGAUGCACAAAAAUAUAUUUAUGAAGAACAGUAUCAAAUAGUAAUAUUGCCAGAUUAUACAACUUAUUCGUAUCCUAAUGAUGAUUUACCUCAAAAAGUCAAAGACUCGGUUCAGGCAAUAUUAGAAGCAGAAUCCGCUUUAAAAAUUGCAGAGAAAGAAGCGUUAAGUAAUACAUGGGAUGGAGAGGCAAGAAGUAUAACAAAGCAUAUAGAUCUUCCGCAAUUAAAUAAUGGAAAAAAAAUACCACCGAGCGGUUGGAAGUGCGAAAAGUGUGAUCUUACAACAAAUUUAUGGUUAAAUUUAACAGAUGGCUCAAUUUUAUGCGGAAGAAAGUUUUAUGAUGGAACUGGUGGCAAUGAUCACGCUGUAGCUCACUUCCAAAAUACUGGAUACCCAUUGACUGUAAAAUUGGGUACUAUAGCUAGAGACGGAAAAGCCGACAUUUACUCAUACGAUGAGGAUGAUAUGGUAGAGGAUCCUAAUUUAGCAGCCCAUUUAGCCCAUUGGGGUAUUAAUUUUGAUCACAUGGAGAAAACAGAAAAAUCUAUGAUUGAGCUGGAAUUGGAACUCAAUCAAAAGUUUGGGGAAUGGAUUGCAAUGCAAGAAGGAACCAAUAAAUUGACACCUAUUUAUGGUCCUGGUUACACAGGACUUAUAAAUUUAGGAAACUCUUGUUAUAUGAAUAGUGUUAUGCAAAUGUGCUUUAUAAUUCCAGACUUUAUCGAACGGUUUGUUAAUAAGGCUGAAGACAUUUUUCGUCAAAAUAUAAAUGAUCCUGCCAAUGAUUUUAGCGUUCAAAUGGCAAAAUUAGGUUUAGGUUUACUUUCUGGAAAAUAUUCACAACAACCAAAAUCUAAAGUAGAUGCUGACGAUUCUCAAGGAAUAUCUCCAAGGAUGUUCAAAAACUUAAUAAGACGUGGUCAUCCCGGUUUCAUGUCCAAUCGACAACAGGAUGCACAAGAAUUUAUCUUGCAUUUAAUUAAUAUUUUAGAUAGAAAUAGUCAGGGUCAAACCAAUCCCGCAGACUGCUUUAAAUUUAAAGUUGAAGAACGUUAUCAGUGCAGCUCUGGUAAAGUAAAGUACACUUACAGGCCAGAGUAUUUACUACCGUUAACAAUACCAAUGGAUAUGGUAAUUAAUAAGGAGGAAGUUGAUGCUUAUGAAGCUGAAAAAAAUAAAUCCGAGGAAGGCAAAGCCAAAUUAGAUCCAAACCAUGUUGUGAGACCACGAAUAAAAUUAUCUUCUUGCUUAGAAACGCUUGCAAAAGUUGAAACUGUUGAACAGUUUUACAGUUCAGCUUUAAAUGAUAAAACAACUGCCACUAAGAUUACGAGGUUGGCUUCGUUUCCCGAUUUUCUUCUAAUUCAUUUAAAAAAAUUUACCGUCAAGGAAGAUUGGACGCCUGUCAAAUUAGAUGUUGCUAUUGAAAUGCCAGAUCUGUUAGAUUUAAAACUGUUACGUGGAUAUGGUUUACAACCAAGUGAAGAACUACUACCAGAAACCACUUCUGCUCCGCUUCCCGUUGUUUACGAUCAAGCUCUUCUGAGUCAAUUAGCAGAAAUUGGUUUUCCUAUUGAAGCUUGUAAAAGAGCGUUGUAUUUUACGGAAAACCGUGGGUUAGAACCUGCUACGCAAUGGUUAAUGGAACAUAUCUCUGAUCCUGAGUUUACAUUACCUUUCGUUCCGCCCGGAAUGGAUGCAAAAACAGAUUCUAGUGAUUUUGUGCCAAAUCAGGAAGCUUUAGAAAUGGUAAUGAGUAUGGGUUUUACCAAAGAGCAAUCGACCAAGGCCUUAAAAGCAACGAACAAUAAUUUGGAACGCGCAGCUGAUUGGGUGUAUAGUCAUAUAGCUGAGCUCGAUACAUUGGAAAUGGAAGUUGAUGCACAACCUGCAAAGCCUCAAUACAAAGAUGGAAAUGACAAAUAUAAAUUGGUGGGCUUUAUUUCUCAUAUGGGUACAUCGACAAUGGUUGGACAUUAUGUAUGUCAUUUACUGAAAGAUAGUCAGUGGAUAAUUUUUAAUGAUGAAAAAGUUUAUUUAUCGGAAAAACCACGAAAAGAAUUAGGAUAUGUUUAUUUAUAUCAGCGUUUGGAUAAGUAGUCAUAGUUUUAUAUAAUACUUGUUUU